ACACACUCUCUCUGAAUCAAUCCUCUUUCUUCUCAAAUCUUUCAAUUUUGAUCUCUAAGUUUCCAGAAAAUGAGCAACGAGAAGGACAAUUUCAAUGUCAGCGAUCUCACUGCUGCUCUUAAAGAUGAGGAUCGAGCUGGUCUUGUCAACGCUCUUAAGAACAAGUUGCAGAAUCUAGCUGGACAACAUUCUGAUGUGCUCGAGAAUCUGACUCCUAAAAUCAGAAGACGUGUUGAGGUUUUGCGGGAGAUUCAGGGCAAACAUGAUGAAAUAGAGACGAAAUUCCGCGAGGAGAGAGCUGCACUUGAAGCCAAGUAUCAAAAGUUAUAUCAGCCUUUGUAUACCAAGCGUUAUGAGAUUGUGAAUGGAGCUACUGAAGUUGAAGGGGCUCCAGAGGAUGCUAAGAUGGACCAUGGAGAUGAGAAAACUGCAGAAGAGAAAGGAGUCCCUAGUUUCUGGCUGACCGCUCUGAAAAACAAUGAUGUUAUAUCGGAGGAGAUCACAGAGCGUGAUGAAGGAGCCCUUAUAUAUCUUAAAGAUAUCAAGUGGUGCAAGAUUGAAGAACCAAAGGGAUUCAAACUUGAGUUUUUCUUCGACCAGAAUCCUUACUUCAAAAACACCCUAUUAACAAAGGCAUAUCAUAUGAUUGAUGAAGAUGAGCCUCUGCUUGAGAAGGCUAUUGGGACAGAGAUUGAUUGGUAUCCUGGAAAAUGCUUAACUCAGAAGAUUCUUAAGAAGAAGCCUAAGAAAGGUGCAAAGAAUGCCAAGCCAAUUACCAAAACUGAAGAUUGUGAAAGCUUCUUCAACUUCUUCAAUCCUCCCCAAGUUCCUGAUGAUGAUGAAGACAUUGACGAAGAAAGAGCCGAGGAACUUCAGAAUCUGAUGGAACAAGAUUAUGACAUUGGUUCUACAAUCCGGGAGAAGAUUAUACCUCAUGCUGUCUCAUGGUUUACUGGUGAGGCUAUUGAGGGAGAGGAGUUUGAAAUAGACAAUGACGAUGAAGAUGAUAUCGAUGAGGAUGAAGAUGAGGAUGAAGAAGAUGAAGACGAAGAUGAGGAAGAAGAAGACGACGAAGAUGAGGAGGAAGAAGUAAGCAAGACCAAAAAGAAGCCGUCAGUCUUACACAAGAAAGGAGGGAGACCUCAGCUUAACGAUGAUCAGCAAGGAGAGAGGCCUCCUGAAUGCAAGCAACAGUAGACGAAAUCGAAAAGUCGAAACGAAAAUCAGAAAAGGAAAAAAAAAAAUGUUUUGGGUUUUGAGUGAAGUUUCGUGGCCUGGUUUUUUGCUUCCAUGUAAGGCAAAUGUUUCGAGGACUGCUCAUAGGAGUUUCGCUGUAGGCAAAGAGUGACUAUUUUUG